AUGGGCAGCUCGGGAGAGGCCCCAGGGCAGAGGUCCUUGGAACCCGCUUACAUGGACCGUUCCUACACGUCCAUGCACUGGUUCAAGGGCGAACCAUGGACGCGGCCUGGUCAAGACCUUCCCUACCAGCAUCGGAAUCAAAGGCAACAACUUCUUCGCCUUGAUGUCGGGCAUCCUGACUUGAUACCCAUCGAUAAGAAGAGCGAGGCGCAGAGCCUGACCGCAUCCAUGGCGCAACGGGUCCAGGAGGCUUGGGAUGAUGCUCAAAAUCUCAUCGCGUCCAAUUUCAAUGUCAAUUUCAUCACUGCCCCGCUUGAUUGGUUCACACCAGACGAGCUGAAGGAGUUUGUGGAGGCUUCAUGGAUGGAAGUGACGAACGGAGGUCAGCUUCCGAACGUCCGUAACAUCGAUGUCCGCGAAUUCAUUCGACUUUAUAAGACAUCCGACGUAUUCACAGAAGCCGUCGAGGCUCCAAAUUCAUUGGCGGACGAGGAUUGCGACGACUACAAAAUCGAUUACUGGCAUUUAUUAUUUAGGAAAGAUCGCCUUCCUGACGAGGAGCAUCGACGAAGAUUCUUCAUGUUCCAAUUUUUGAACAAAGAAGACUUGAGUACGCCAGAACUCUUGCGCUGUCUCAUUCUCAACCGCAUCACAAAUCAUCCACGAAACUUCGCUCGCGCUGAUUGGGAGGGUUGCCAUCUGGGGUUCGCCAGCAAAAUCUCACUAAACCAGCAAUGCGACAACUGGUUCAUGGGGUUCCCAACCGAAGAAGAACGAAACAUCGGGUCAAACGCGAGCCGAAGCGAAUAUUACAGUGGCUAUCCCAUUGUCUUCAAAGACCCGACCGAACACGACACCGGGUCUGGGUUAUUCGACCACCUACGCAAAACCGGCCGUAUCGUCAGUUGGGGUGAGGGCAUGGUGGUACUAGAGGUCCAAGCAUUGACUCUCAAGUUCGUUGUCGCCAUAGCCAAAAGGAUAAGAGACGAUGUGGAACGCCGCCGACGGAAUGCCUUGGACCUCAAUGGUAACGGGGUGUCCAGGCAUCUCCUAAUAUGGCGUGCCCAUACUUGGAAGACUAUUCCCAAAGAAAUGCUCACGUUCGAUGUUAGGGGGACGGAUCUGGUCGCUUGUCAUCAAUUCUUCCCGCCUGCCGCCGCCAUUGUGCCAUGGGACGAAGAGUUCACCACUAUUCUGAAGGAACGAGUCGAGCUAGCCGAGCAAACCAUAUUCAAUCUCUGGCAUGACCCAUUCUUCUUCCAAAGAUGUAUUCACGACCAGUUGCGCCAACAUUAUGGUCAUGUGGUUGAAGAUCAGAUACGCGGUCACGGAAAUCCUUUGUUGCAUAUCACAAACUCCGAUAUCGAUGCGAAGAAAGCUCUAGUCAAUGAUCUCAUCAGACGGGUAGUCAGAUGGGCAGCAUUCAACCUUGAGAUGUGGAGAUGCCUUGCAGAAAAGCUUCAGGCCUUGCGCGAGAUGGCUAAGAGUCACGGAGUCAGGCUUGACAAAUGGAAUCCAGACCUCAGCCAGCCAGGGGGUAUUCGGGACUCGUGGAUCGACUUGGGAUUUCACGCCCGCUGGUUCGCUGAACGCCAUGCUAUCCACGCAGCUGACCACGGCGGCUUCCUCUCUGCGGGAUCUCUCAGGUCAUAUUUCAAGCGUAUCAGCUCGUGGGAGAUCAUGAAGCCGCCAGUCCCCGGGGACGAUUGGGCUCUUCCGAAGGACUUUUUUAUGAAGAUUGGCUUUGUCGUCGAUGGAACCCGUAACGAUACUGUUGAUGUGAAGGAUCCUGAGCACACCAACAACGGGGCAGAUCAAACGGCAGUGUCAGCUUUGCUCAUGCAUGUCGGACUCAAGAACGCGAACACGAUGGGCUGCAUCGGCCUGCACAAGUUGAUACAGGCAAUGCGCUUCGAUCGUCACAAUGCACACUCAAGUCUAAGGAUCCCGCCGAUGGUCAGCGAUGACUACGAUAAUCUGUUUUGGACCGGGUUACUAUCUCUGCGGAUGGAGGCUAUUCGGCCCUUCAGUGACUCCAUCGCAAAACAAACAUUCAGAACCAACAAGCACAACGUUGGCAACAUCGGAGCCUUCUUCAAAGAGUACGAUCAAUUCCCCUUCGAGCAGCAUGUCGACGAGAACACGCUCAGACUGGUUCACUGGUCUCUUGGGGUUACCUACUCCCCGUUUUCGGCCCUGAAGCUAAAUCGACCUGCCGGACUUGUUCAGAAUUGGCUCCAGGACUUCUGGGUUCAGAUCAUAUGCUGGCUCGAGUCUGGAAGUGCCAAAUCCUGUACACCUCCAGCCCGCUCAUAUCGAGACAGCGGCGUGUCUAUGGAAGUUGAGGGCGACGACGCGGAAGAUUUGGAUAUUGUCACCCAGCGUACCCGAGAUAUGAACAUUGCUGCACUCAAUAAUUUCCAUCCUUCCAUGGGUCGCAUCAACCAGUGUCUUGGCGAGCUUGUCAAGGAGCUAGGUUUGGAGGACAAGGAGAUUCCUGACAAUCAGAUGUCGGAAAUAAGAUCUUUUGCGGCCGUCUUCCUCUGCAAAUUCCUCCAACCAUACAUGAUGGGUGAAGGUGAUAUCAGCGCCGACGACGUUUUGAAGGAAACGGACUCCGCUCCCAAAGCCGUCUGGGGUCUUCUCUUGCAACAGGGGAUCGGGCCGGACGAGGUGCUUGACAUGUCGACACACGAAGCGCAGAUACUCUUUGCCCUGCAGGCUUUUUCCGCAUCUCUUUUGGAACGGGAUGUACUCGAUAUACACGCUGUCCACGAUAAUCAAGACGGUCGGCCAAAACUAAUCAACAUGAUCCGGCGUGCGGACGCCCGAGGAGUGGAAAAGAAGCGCUCAAAGAAAACAAAAAAGCGCAGCAGCGAGCGACUGGCAAAAGCUAGACCGAGGAAGCUUCUAGAAUACCUCGACACCCUAAAAAGAAAAGAAUUUCGUCCAGGACACGAAACGUUUGGCAUUAAGAGAAUAUGCGGCAAUAUCUCAUCGAUGCAGCCGGCAGGCUACGCGGAACCCACCGAGGAAUACCGUCCUCCGCCUGGCUUCGAACGCCGCACCGAGGUGGAGCAUGCACCAGUCAACGUCAGCAUCAAAGCAAAGACCCUCGAGCUGUGUCGCCAAUGGUGGCAAAGUGCCUACACCGUCGAGCAGAGAGCACUGAAAGAGCGCUGCGUGCUCAGGGGCAAGGACUGGGAGACGGCGGACAUUAUCUUGGGAGAUUUCCCGGGCGAGGUCAACUACAUGGGCUACAUGUCUUUCUGCCUCCGCCUCGGUUUCAACAUCGAGAACCGCGAAGGUUCUCGGCUCGUCAUGACAUGGGCGGAGCGUUGCCGUUUCCCGAAGCCGGCCAAGCCGACGAUUGUCAUCCACAUACGACAUCCAGGCGGGGUGACCCGCAGACUCGACGUCGACAUCAUCGCAAGCUGCAGGAGGACCUUUAGGAAAGAUUUCGGUGUCACUGUCGAAUUGAUUGAGAGGUUGUAUGGGCCACGGCAGUAG